UGCAAGACCGUGUGUCAGUGUACAGUUCGGCGCUGCAUUUCCGAAGUCCUCACCGCGACAGUCUGCUCACAAUCUUUAAUGGACUAUCACUGUUGGAAAGACCAUACCUGACAAUUGUAUUGUUCUGCGUGAUCGUACGCAAAUGCCUGAAUUUCACUGGGAUUUUGCAACACUGAUGCAACUCAAGCAAUAACGGCACACCACACUGGACUUUUUAUUAAAUUGUGACAAUGGCAAACCGAUCGCAGUAAACUGGAGCAGAGGUUUGCAACACAUUGUUGCAAAUAUUUUGAUGAAGAUGAUGCUCUCCCUUUCGCGUGCCCCGUAACUGCUUACAUUCAUUCAUUCAUUCAUUCGUUCAGCCAGUCAGUCCUGUUUGGCGCCGAGCACCGUGUUCUCUUCUGGAAACAUUACUAAUUCCAGUUUUCUCUCAAUUAUGUUCACUUUCGCUGCCUUUUGCUAUAUGCUUUCCCUAGUCCUAUGUGCUUCUUUGAUCUUCUUCGCGAUCUGGCAUAUAACAGCCUUUGAUGAGCUUCAGGCAGACUUCAAGGUGCCGAUCGAUCAGGGCAAUCCACUUCAUGCGCGUGAAAGGCUUCGGAACAUUGAGAGGAUCUGCUGCCUUCUACGAAAGUUGGUGCUUCCAGAGUACUCCAUCCAUGGACUCUUCUGUAUUAUGUUCCUGUGCGCUCAGGAGUGGCUUACAGUGGGCCUAAAUAUCCCUCUGCUCUUCUACAACACAUGGAGGUACUUCCACAGCCCCACUGACACUAAGGAGCUUCUCUACGACCCAGCAUACGUCAUGAAUGGGGACACGCUGAAAUUCUGCCAAAAAGAAGCCUGGUGCAAGAUGUCCUUCUUUGUCCUCUCAUUCUUCUACUAUCUCUACUGUAUGAUCUACUCCUUGGUGACCUCUUAACGGAGUUGUCAGUCUCGAAGAAGUCCUCUGAUAAUAAGACACUUUUUUCAGCUAAACUAAUUUCGGAUGAAACAAGAGCACCAGUCCAAUUUAUAUUUGUCACCUGGAGAAACUCUGCAGUGUCUGGACUGAACAGACUUGACCCUAACGUCCUAGAAUACAAGAAGAACCAUGUGUUGUUUACAGUUCUGACUCAAUGCCCUAGAUGUCUCACGGACCAGUGUGGCACAGUUUUCACAAGCUCACAGUAACGUUUGCACAGAUUGUCUCAGGCAUAGCACAACACGUCCUUUACCACUUUGAGGCACAAAACCUGCCAAAUUUUACUAUCACUAAAUGUAGCUUAAAAUUUAUGUUAGGUUAAAAAAAAAGAAAGUAAAUGAUGACUAACUUGAAAAGCGAAUGUUGCAUUUUUACCAGACACACACUAGGUUCGAUUACAUGUGUGAAAAGCUUUUGUGAAAUAUAUUUUGUGUAUUUGUGCACUCCUAACAUACACAUUUUUAAUAUGAAGUAUGUAUCUGUUGCAUUACUUGUGUACAUAUAGAAAUUUGUGUAAUGCUCCUAUGUGUUGGUGUCACUUGGUUGAGAUGUUUUUGGACUUUAUAUUUACAAAAACUGAUAUUGAGGCUUUAUUAAAGAAAAAAGCCACUUUUCCAGAAUUUUGCACAAAAGUUGUUAUGAGUUUGCACAAUAGAUACAGUUAUUGGUUGUGGUGAAACAAAAAUCAUAUUUAUAUACCCAGUAGGGGAGACCAGGGUUGGUUGGCACAGAGUUCAUUUCUGGUAAUUAUUUUCACAAAAGUGUAACAUCUAAAUGUUCACUUUCUUGACCUACACUGAUUGAUUCUGUCAGGGCAUCUGCAUUUUAAAAUCUGUUAUUGUAAGACUACUUUUUAGACUACUUUUACAUUUUAUCUAAUUUAAGUCAAAACAAACAUUUAACUCAUCUGCUAAACAUUUUAAAUAAAAAAUACCAAGAAAGAUGUUUUAAAUAUAUUAAUUUGAUUUAAUAGGGAUGGGUAUCAGCUAUAUUUUUACAUAAAAUUUGUCAGCCUGUGAUAAGCUAUGCUAGCUGGCUAACAUCUUUUAUCAAAAGAGUGUGAGUGGGGUUGGAUGACACAUUGGGUAUAUAAAAAGAAUAAUAAUAAUUCAUAAGCUUCAUAUGCACUAUUUACUAAAUACCUCUAAAUAACCCCAUACAUAACAUAAAAUAAUGUAUAAUAAUAAUAAUAAUAAUACUUAUGAUACAAUCAGUUAUUUUUAUUUAUGUGAAUAUAAACAAGUUUAAGUAAAAAUGUAUAUAUUUAUACAAGUUUAUAUUAGUAACAAAAUGCCAUAGUAAUUCCAAACUGUGAAUUUGUAUAUUCUAAUCAUAGUCAUAUUAAUUAAAUCAUAUCAAUUACAUAAUCAUUACUCAUUUUAAUGAUAGAAGACAGACAUGUGUUGUUCUGUUGUCCUGGUUUAAAAUUAACUGUUGUUUGUUUUUCUGUGUGUUGCUUCUCUCCUACACUACUAUAGUGUUUUAAUACUGUGCCAAAAAAAAAAAAAAAAACACAUACUGUAACUGUACAACAUAAUUUUGACCAUUAGAUUACAAGGUUCAUUAAAUCUUUGAUGACAUUGAACAUGUUUGUUUUUUACCUAAGAACUAAAGCUUUCAUUGCACCUAGUUGGGGUAUCUUAACAUUUGUUCCACCAGAGAUAUUCAACAAAGUAUGAAAAGUGUGUCAACCAACUCCGGUCUCCCCUACGAGGUUUCCAUAUAUAUAUAUAUAUAUAUAUAUAUAUAGGGUAGAAAUUUAGUCCACAGCCCUUGAUCAACAGAUUUCAGUUUCUCAUUUUCUAUGAUCAUUAUUAUGUUAUGGCCAGCAAUACUGAAAGGAAAAUACAAGAUAUUUAAGUAAUCAUAAAUCAACUCAUAGACUGAAUUGCUUUUUUGUAAUUCUUUCUUUCUUUCUUUCUUUCUUUCUUUCUUUAAUCUUUGUUUAUAGCAUUGCAUUUUUUAAAAAAAGCUUCCAACACAUUGUAAUAAAGAAUUCACCAGAAUCAGAGUAAGCACAUGAUGCAUAUACAAGCAUUAACACCACAAGACACCCAUGUCAUGCUUUUGUUGAGCACUGUUUAUAAUGCGGAGUACGUACAACAUCAGUAGUCAUACAAAAUAAUUUUCAAUGCCGGCAUAGGGGAUAAUAAUAGCAGUCCUCAGCAGAAUUGUUCUCUGCCGCUGUCAUGUAGCCUGCUGUCUUCUGUAUGCCUUAUGUAGUUACACACAUGACGACCAAACAUUUUAUAUCCUUAUUGUGUACGUGUUUACCCAUCCAAAUA